AUGCAGUCCGUCCAACCGUCCGCCUGGGCUUCAGUUCAGCAUUCUUCUAAAUGGGGACAACUAGAACAAGACAGCUAUGUUGGUCUUUGUCGUGAAUCUCUAACUGAUUCGGAUCGUGACGUGCGGGACUGGUUCGUCUCGGAGGCAAAGACCUUAGGAUGCGAGGUGAAAGUGGAUGAGAUGGGCAACAUCUUUGCCAUUUUACAAGGUCAAAAUAAUACCAUUGCCCCUAUUGGAAUGGGCAGUCACUUGGAUACACAGCCAGCCGGAGGACGAUUUGAUGGAGUUCUGGGAGUUGUGGCAGCGCUAGAAGUUCUGCGGACUAUCAAGCACAGCAAAAUUAAAACUUAUGCUCCUUUGGCGGCAAUUGACUGGACCAAUGAAGAGGGAUCCCGUUUUCCCAAGAUGUGUACCGGGUCCGGUGUGUGGUCAGAGGCCGAACUCAUCUCGGAAGCUCAUGAUCUAGCAGAUCUGAGCGAUUCGAGUGUGACCAUGGCUAGUGAGCUGCGAAGAAUUAACUACCUAGGUACCACACCCUGCUCUUACCAAAAGAACCCGUUAUCUGCUCAUUUUGAGCUUCACAUCGAGCAAGGGAGCAAACUCGAGCAGCAGGGUCAGAAGCUGGCCGUUGUCAAGGGCGUACAAGGCAUGCGUUGGUACCAGAUUCGAUGCAAGGGUCGUGAGGCUCAUGCGGGUGCUAUGCCCAUGGCCAGUCGAGCAGACGCUCUUGUAGCAUUGGCCAAAUUUGCAGUCAAAGUGGAGGAAUUGUCUUUGCGCAAGUCCGCAUUUGGGACAGGGGGAGUGUUCAAAACCGGGACUAGCAGCCCUAACACGGUUCCUGGAAGCGCAUUCUGCACAUUGGACCUGCGUCACUUGAGUGAAGAGGUUUUGGACAAAAUUGAGGGUGACCUACGCUCAUACUUACAGAAAGUGGAAAGCGACCGAGAGGGGCUCAGCAUUGAAAUGGAACAAACCUGGGGGAAAAAGGGCGUGGAGUUUGAUCCUGUGACAUUGAGGUGUGUGCGGGACGCCCUAAAGAAUGUCGCUGGCCAAUCUAUGGUGGAUGAAUUUGAAAGUUGUGCUGGUCAUGACAGCGCAGAGACGGCAAAGGUGACGCCAACAGCUAUGAUAUUUACCCCUUCCAAGGAUGGCAUCAGCCACAACCCGUCAGAGUUCACCUCUGAAGAAGACUGUGACCUUGGAGCUAAAGCACUGAUGCAGGCAGUCUUGCUAUAUGAUGCUCAUUUGCGCCAACAAGACGAAGAAAUUUCUGCGUGA